AUGGAUUUCCCGAAUGUCGCGUCGGUGGCUGUAUCUCCCUCUGGUUCCGACCAUCAAGUACAAUCCGAUGCUCCUCUCUGCGCGCCCGUCCAAACAGCCUCCGCGCCUGCCCAAACAUCACCCGCACCCUUCUUCAUCCAGAAAUUCGACUACACCCGCAACCCCUCGGCACGGCCUUCCUACGACCCGCCAGAAAUGCCGCCCGCCUACGAACCCCCGAGCAGCGGGGAAUCAGAAAAGCGGACGACUCCACACGACGCCGACAUCGAAGCGAGCGCAGGCGUUGGAGCGCAAACCGCGCACGAUGCGAAGAUCCCCAAGCAGGAGGAGGCGUCUGGUGUUAGCAGGCAGAUGCUGCCGUGGUUCGGGUUUUUGCUCAUCGUUGCCUUGUGCGUUGGCUUGUUUGUGGUGCCUUGGGUUGUUCCUGCGGGGGAGGGUGAUGGGGGUGCUGGUGCUGGUGCUGAGAGUGGGAGCGGUGGAUAG